GCUGUUUGCUAACUUGCUAUAGUAACACCUUCGACUACAGUGCCCGACUAAAUUCUCCGCAUCAUAUCUUCUGAACGAUCUGAUUGGAGGGCUCGAAUGCAAGAUGAGUGCGAUAGCUGGCUUCAUACCUGUAACGGCAAAGGCGGCGAAUGUAUGCCUGUAUUGUCGGGUAAGAAAACAAAAAUGCGACCGGACGCUGCCACAGUGCGAGAGAUGUGCUGUGAAAGGAAAAGUAUGUGAUUACACGCCAUACAAAGAGCCGCCACGACUCGGAGACGUGGACCCAGAGCCAUCAAUUAUAAGCUUCGAAGGAUGUACUCAUGUCGACCUUUCGUCGCGGAGUACGACGGCAUUGCUGCAUGCGGUAACAGUAGUUGCCGACUCUAAGGAUGCUUCCGGAAGUAAGGCAAUGCUAGCGGAUACAGUAUACGACAUACUGGAUCAAGCCAACGUGGAUAUAUCCCUCGUUUUGGAAGAUUUCGGUCCGUCUAUCCAGCAAUGGUGUCCUAUCGUCCCGGAAGACUUUCUGAAAGAUCGGCAAAAUCAUGCUUCGUAUGAGCAACCACCACACGAGGAAACAUACCGUCCAUUCCUAUUGUUAUGUCUGUGGUUAAUGAGCCGCCGACCAUGCGACAAUGCAGAGCACAUAACCCGCUGCCAACUUUACCGCGCAUUGAAACAAUCGCUUGCCAUCUUCCAAAGCGGCACCAAUGUCAACAUAUCAAUCCUCCAAGCAUCCAUGCUCCUUGCUCUCUACGAAACAAGUCACGGCAUGUCAAAUCAAGCUUUCCAAACCAUGUCAGCAAGUGUGGGUAUACUCCAACUCCUACAACAUUCAGCCACAAAAAGCGCAAACCUAGUUUGGACACUGGAAUGGAUAAAACCAAGUCUGCUCAUGCUAGACCGCGUCCUAACUCUGACAUCACCUACGCACCUUCCUCUGGCUCUGCCCUCUUAUCACACAACCACUCAAUGUAUCUCGUACAAUCUGGCUCCUGAGAUACCACCGCACCCGCCACUUGGAUUAGCAUCAGCAACGUCUGCGCGGAAACUACACAUCCGAUCCACCGUCGCUCUGGCUACAAGCCCAGCUUUGGAGUACAUCUCGUCUCUCGUCCUCAACCCCCCACCACAACCCAACCACGCCUACGAUACAGCCACAUCAAGUCUAACAACCUGUAUUCAAGCCCUAGUCUCGAAGCCCGAACCGCAUACUUGGCUGCACUGCGACGCCAUUGCCCUGGCCUUCUGCACAAACAUUCUACUCCAAGAAGCACAGAUGCGGCAUCUGUCAUCUACCUUGCCGGUGCUAGCAGGACGUCCACAUCCAGAGUAUGAGAAGGUACAUUUGGCGCUCAAAUAUGCGAGACAUAUGGCGUGGGAUAUGGUGAAGGUAGGGAUCCAGAAGAUCAACGGAGAAGGGGAAAGUGGGGAAGAAGGGGUAGGUGAAGUGGGAAGACUACCUUUUGCAGGGUUGUGUUGUGUUGUCAGAGCGGGAGUGGCAGUUUUGAAAACGAGAGAAUUCUACGCAGAUGGUGAUUGUGUGGAGGAGAAGGAGGUGGAAGGGUUUAAGAGGGUGGUUGAAUUGUUCGCUGGGAGAUGGGGAGUUGGACAGUUGUACUUGCGGACAUCGAAAUGAGUGAGGUUGUCAACAACGAACGACGUUGCGUUGUAGAGUAAGAACAGAC